UGCCCAUAUAGUUCUCUGUGAGCAGUGGGGUGAAGUCUCUAGUGGUGCAGGUAGCUAGCUCAGCCCUGAGGAGACUCUCACCAUGUCAACCGACGAGCAGCAGAACUCUUUGCUGAAUAAUUCUCAACAAGAUAUCGCCAGCCACUCCAAUGUGGAAGCUAGUGCUACUGUUACCGGCCGGAGCAGCCGCACCUGCUCCAAGACUGUCCUCUGGAGUGGUGUGACCGUGUUGGCGGCCAUGCUUAUUGCUGGGCAAGUUGUCAGCGUCAUGUUUCUGCUGAAGCAGCAGGAGAAGAUAACCCACCUGCAACAGUCCACCAAUCGGAUCGAGCAGAAGUACUCAUCAAGCCGGAACCCAAUCCGACCUAAGCCAAUGAUCCACUUCAGACCCAUGAUGAUGGACAUGCCCAUUGCUUACAUUGACCCAAAUGCAGAACAUCCAAAGGCUCCUAAACCCACUCCUGCCAAACCCCUGACAGUGCUGGAACAAGUGCAGGAACUGCUGAAGAAAGAUAACAUAACCAAGGAGAUUCCAGAAUUUAACAGCACUUUCUCUGCCAACCUUGACCUGCUGCGAGACAGCAUGACUGAAUCCGAAUGGCAGGACUUCGAAAGUUGGCUCCGAAACUGGCUCUUUUUCCAACUCAUUCAGGAGAAGAAACCUGUCCCGACAACCAGUGCACCCCACCACGAGCCAAUGCCUGAACCCGAACCCCAACCCAGUGGGCAAAAGAUUUACUCCAGCUUUGUGAUGAAACCAAUGAUGGUUAGCCUUCCAGAGUCUGACAACGCUCCAGAAGCAAAAAUAGUGCUCAGCUCGGACACAGAGUGUCAGAGACGUCACAAAGUCGCGGUUGUUCCUGGAGCUUUCCGUCCCAGUUGUGAUGAGAUGGGAAACUAUGAGGCAAGACAGUGUUGGCCAAGCACAGGAUACUGCUGGUGCUGUUAUCCGAAUGGAACAGAGAUCACCGGAACAGCCACUCGCGAGAAUUUAACUUGCGAAAGCUUUAGAAAGUCAGAUGAUCUGAACAUGUCUGGCUUGGCAGCAAUGAAUUAAGAGCUCGCUGGGGAAAAGCAAGCAAAGUCUGACCAGCUUCAUUCCAGACAUCAUACAUUAAUUGCAACUCCUGAUUUUUAUUAACCUUGGGUAUGAUCGCUAACUAUUGAGAGCUGACCUCCUUAUCUGGCUGAUGUACUUUCCAUUUUUCUGAAAGACCUGUCCUCACUGAUGAUUUUUUAAAGAGAGGAACAAAUUGCCCGAAUCUUUGAUACUGCUCACUUCCCUAAAAAGAGAUUUACUUCCACUAGACGUUCCAUUUCAUCCAGUAUCAGCCCCCCUCCCUAGGGGUUGGUUCUAUUCUUUUGCCUCCACACAAUGACGAUGAUGUUUCAUGAAUUUCAAGGUCUUUGAAGCUUGUCAAUAAUUUAAUUCAGAAGUGCAAGAUUCCUGGAUUUUAAAAUACCACACAGGACCUAUUUAAUUCCAACAAAAUCUAGACUGCUGCAAAGGAAAUUAAAUAACUUUGCAAUGGAGCCCUGAGAUUAAUGAUAACCUUCUGCUGACUCGCAGAACAUGGCAGAGAAUCAAGAUGGGACAAUAGUGUGAGGUUGGGACCCUUCAUAGAGCGUUCUGUUGAUGAGUUCCAAUCCUCCUGUAGCUACUGGCCUAUCCAUUUCAAUUUGGAAUUACAACCCCAAAUCACUCAUUUACUCUGGUUUAGUGCCUUAGAAUUUCCCACACUAACUGCAGUGACAGGACUAUCACCACAUAGACCACAGAAGAAGAUUAUCACCAACACUUUCUCAAGUGGCAACUGGGACACUCAGUAAAUGUCAGCUUUGCCAGCAACACCCACAUUUGGGUUCAGAAGCAGGCAAUGUAUUUGAAAUUUAUUCCAUGGCAAUUUGCUUUUUGAAGUGAAGUGAUUUUUUUUUGCCCCCAUCUCCGUAUUUUUAUGAUUAAAGGCUCGAUGUCUUUUAUCGAGAUAUCUGUUUAUAUUCCCAGGCUAUCCUUCACCAGACCUUGCAGAAGCACCCACAUUAUAACUCUGCACCUGGUUUUUGGUUACAUAGAAUAUGUAGAACAGAAAUAGACCAUUUGGUUCAGCUAACCCACGCUGGUAUUCAUUCGCCACUAAAUUGACCAUCAUAACCCUUCUCCCUCAAAGCCUUGUCCAAAUGAUAACAAAAAGGACACAAUCCUGAUGAAGGACCAUCACCAGAAGGUCAUUAUGCACAAUCACUUUUUAAAAGCUGUCAUUGUCUAUAAGCAACGUGUGAAAACUGUUAUUGCUUCUUAAUCUUUUUUAUUUGUAACUCAAUGGUGAUUGCUUAAUUGUAGAUGGGGAUAAAUAUUUUGCAAUAAAGGGAGGGAAUUCUGA